AUGGUGAUAAGUUCGAGCCAGGAUGUGACUGACUUGCAGAACAAGUUCAAGAAGAACUUCAAGACUCGCGAAUACAAUUCGCACGCUCACAAAGUCCAUUCCGUGGAUUGGAACUGCGAUGGCCGACGAUUGGCGUCCGGCUCUUACGAUAAAACAGUGUGUGUCUUCGCCCUGGGCACGGAUCGAUUGAACAAGGAAAAUACAUUCCGAGGCCAUAACGAUAGUGUGGACCAGUUGUGUUGGCAUCCCACCAAUCCGGAGCUCUUGGCCACCGCCUCUGGGGACAAAACCGUUCGAAUUUGGGAUGCUCGCACGGCCAAAUGUUGCAGCAACAUUCCCACCAAAGGCGAGAACAUCAACAUCGCUUGGUCGCCCGAUGGUAAAUCCAUCGCCGUGGGCAACAAGGAAGAUUUGGUCACCUUCAUCGACGUCAAAGGACAGAAGAUCCGUCUGGAAGAACAGUUCAAGUACGAAGUGAACGAGCUCAAGUGGAACAACACCGGGGACCUUUUCUUCUUGACCAAUGGCCAUGGGUGCGUGAAUGUUUAUGGCUAUCCGGACUUGGAACUUCUCAACGUUCUUCCGGCACAUCCGGGGAAUUGUAUCUGCAUCGAAUUCGACCCUCAGGGCAAAUACUUUGCUGUGGGGUGUGCCGAUGCCUUGGUGUCUCUGUGGGAUGUCGAUCAACUUGCUUGUGUGCGCACAUUUAGCCGCUUGGAAUGGCCCGUACGGGCGAUAUCGUUCAGCUACGACGGAAAGCUCUUGGCCUCGGCCUCCGAAGACACCGUCAUUGAUAUUGCUCACGUGGAAACGGGUGAGAAAAUACAUGCCAUUCCGGUCACAGCGCCCACUUUCACCAUUGCUUGGCAUCCCAAACGAUAUCUGUUAGCUUAUGCUUGCGACGAUAAAGAGAAGUAUGAGCGGGAUCGCGAUACCGGCUCCUUAAAAGUGUGGGGAUUCCCGCCCGAUGAAUAAGUAUUAUGAAUAAAACCCAUUGAAGCCGUUCA